GACAAGCUUGUUCCUACAGAGUCUGGGUCCAGGGCACUAACGUGAGUGUGUUGUGCGUAUGUGUAUCCAGUGAAAAUUACCCGGAGACGGACAGAGACCGCGUUUGACCGUACCAAUGUGUGUGGCCUACAAGUACAUGAUUUGUAACCCGGCGGAAUCAUCCCAUGGACACAAGAGUAUAUCGAAAAUGAGGAAAUAAUCUCGGAGGGGACGCACGACGACGGCGAGGCUCGUCUGUCUGCAUCGACCGUGGCGUUUUGUUGAACCGCGAGUGUGUGGGGGAUCACACAGCUGCCUGCUGGCUACGAAAAUGUCGAGAAAAAUAGAAAGCAAGCAAGACUCGCAACGGUCCCAUCUGUCCACUUUGACCAUGAUAUUGAAGGACAAGUUCCACUCGCCCAAGAUCAAGAGGACUCCAUCCAAAAAUCGAAAGCAGCUGCAGACCGAGACGGCAGCCAAGAGUACUGAGAAACCUGCUAACAAGAAGGUUAACAGACUUGAGGAGCAUGAGAAAGAAGUGGUCAGUGCUCUGAAGUAUUUCAAGGCAAUCGUGGACAAAAUGAUGGUGGAGAGGAAAGUGCUGGAAAUGCUACCAGGCUCUGCCAGCAAGGUUCUUGAAGCAAUCCUGCCUCUGGUUCAGGUGGAAGCACGGAUACAACAUAGUUCGGCGCUGUCUUCUUGCCAUAGUCGUGUGUAUCAGAGUCUCGCCAACCUCAUCCGCUGGGCCGACCAGGUGAUGCUAGAUGGCAUCGAUUUGGACGACCAGGAAAACGUGGCCUCCGUCAAGAAUGUGAUCAAAGCAGUGCUGGAUGGAGUAAAGGAAUUAGUGAAACUGACCAUUGAGAAACAGGAGCAUCCAUCGCCCACCACCCCAAACAAACCAGCACCCCCCGUUACCGCAGCAGAGAGCAGUGUGUCAGCAGAGAAACCCCUGAAAGAUCAUGAGCAGGAGGUCUCAAAGAAGAUGGCUCCAGCAGCUCCUCCUGCAGAGGCUACCCCUGAGUUACAAGAUGAGGAUGUGGCCCCUCCCAAACCCCCGCUUCCUGAAGCCAAAAUGGCAGAGCUCAGAGCACAGUUGAGCGCUGACGCUGGCCAAAGGAGACCCUCUCAGAAGGAGAACCCUCCACCAGCUCUUCCACCUAAGAAGCGCCAGUCAGCCCCUUCACCAACACCGGUGGCAGUAGUUGCUCCAAUGAGCCGUGGCUCCAGUUUGCCAUGUAACGACCACAGACAGGAUUACGAGCAUGAAUUUUUUCAGAGACGGUUCUCUGGGGGCAGCCAUUCAUACGGCGGAGACUCUCCUCGUCUGUCUCCGUGCAGCAGCAUGGGAAAACUCAGCAAAUCUGAUGAGCAGCUUUCUUCCAUGGAGCAGGACAGCGGUCAGUGUUCUCGAAACACCAGCUGCGAGACGCUCGACAACACGGAGAGUUAUGACCCAGAUUAUGACUUCCUCCACCAGGACUUGUCUGUUGGAGAUAACCUGCCUUCAAUACCUGCAGGAGGCUGUUUGAGUCCUCUCCCAGAGUCCCACAGCGAGUCCUCGUCCCCUGUUCCUGGACAGCAUCCCUCAAACCCCCAUUAUAGCGCUCCUCCCCUCCAACAGCCAGACUACUGGACUCCUCAGUCCAAUCAGACUAACCCCCAACAGCCCUCUCGCGUCAGCGCCCCACCCGCCCUGCCGCUAAAGAAACGACGCAGCACACGGACGUCGUCCUUCCCUGAUGGCGGUUCUAGGGUGCUGUACGAGCGCUACCCUUCCCAGUAUGACAACCUGUCAGAGGAAGAGCUUCACCCCACGCCACCGUUCCCGCUUUUCACGCCCAUCUCACCCAUGCCCCAGACGAACAGUGGAGACUUUGUUUCCCAAUACAGCGCGAGUGAGAAUGCAGAUGUUCCAGCCAGCCCGCCGCCGCUGCCAGAAAAGAAAAGCAGACACAUUCUUCAAUACAUGCAGUUUGUGGAGGACUAUUCGGAGCCACAGCCCUCUGUUUUCUACCAGAUGCCACAGAGUGAAAGCAUCUAUGAACAGCGUAACAAGCUUUUCCAGGAGGUUUACGGCUUCAAUGACUCCUUCAGCAGCACUGACUCAGUUCAUGAGCCCCUGCUGCCCCCAGCGUUGCCACCGAAACAAAGACAGCUGGCCUCCCACUCCUCUUCCCCUUCCUCCUCCUCCUCCUCUUCUCUCUCCUGCCACCUCCAGCCGUCUGUAGCGGCCAUGGAGGAGGCGGGCACUGGGCUGGGCCUCAGCAUGUCCGUCUCUAACUCCUGUCUGAUUGGCCAGGCGUCUUUGACCACGCCCACGAGCUUGGACCAGGUUGCCUUGACCAAUGCCACCAUUCUGGAUGGCAGCGGGGGCGGGCCGAACGGUUUCCUGGCUGGCUCUCUGGGUUCUGUGGCUGUCUGUCUUCCUUCUGAAUCUUCUCUCACUGACUCUCUCCACACCUCAGCGAGCGAAAGCGUGAAUGACGAGGGCGGGGAGGGGGAGUAUGUCAACCUAUACUCGUCCAGCCAGGCCAAUGGGGAGCUGCAGCUCUCCCUCAGAGAAACCAUUGCUAGUGAUGAUGUACUUCAAGACCCUGCUCCUCAGAUGCCAUCCAGCAAUAGUAAAGAUGCUUUGGACAAAGAAAGGAGGCAAAAGGCAACAGAAAUGGCCGGGAGCGAUGAGGAAGAUGUGGACGAGCUCUCCCUCAUAGACCACAAGGAGAUUAUGAGCAGGAUAACACUAAAGCAAGAGAAUGACGACGGCCCUGAUGUUCGUGCUGGAUCAGGAGAUAUCUUAUUAGUCCAUGCGACAGAAACGGAGCGCAAAGAUCUUGUUUUGUACUGUGAAGCUUUUUUGACUACAUAUAGAACUUUUAUAACCCCAGAGGACCUCAUUAAGAAGCUACACUACAGAUAUACUACAUUCUGCCACAGUCCGGACACCUUCAAGAAACGAGUCAGCAAGAACACCUUUUUUGUUCUGGUUCGUGUCGUAGAUGAGCUGUGCCUGGUGGAGCUGACGGAGGACAUCUUGAAACAGCUCAUGGACCUCGUGUUCACGCUGGUGUGCAACGGCGAGCUCAGCCUCGCUCGUGUGCUCCGCAAAAACAUCCUGGACAAGGUGGAGCAGAAGAAGUUGCUGCGCUACACUAACUCCCUCAAGCCCCUCGCUGCCCGGGGGGUCUCUGCAAGACCUGGAACUCUUCACGACUUCCGCAGUCACGAGAUUGCUGAUCAGCUCACUCUUCUUGAUGCUGAACUUUUCUAUAAAAUUGAGAUUCCUGAGGUUCUGCUUUGGGCGAAGGAGCAGAAUGAGGAGAAGAGUCCAAACCUGACUCAGUUCACAGAGCACUUUAACAACAUGAGCUAUUGGGUCCGCUCUUUGAUAAUUCAGCAGGAAAAAGCUCAAGAUAGAGAGAAGUUGCUUCUCAAGUUCAUUAAGAUAAUGAAGCACUUAAGAAAGUUAAAUAAUUUUAACUCCUACUUGGCAAUACUGUCCGCCCUGGAUUCAGCCCCCAUCAGGAGGUUAGAGUGGCAGAAACAGACGUCAGAGGGUUUGGAGGAGUAUUGCACACUGAUCGACAGCUCCUCAUCCUUCAGAGCGUACAGAGCUGCUUUAGCCGAAGUGGAGCCCCCGUGCAUCCCGUACCUGGGUCUCAUUCUCCAGGACCUGACCUUUGUGCACCUGGGGAACCCGGACCUCAUCGAUGGGAAGGUCAACUUCUCCAAACGCUGGCAGCAGUUCAACAUUCUGGACAGCAUGAGGCGCUUCCAGCAAGCGCAUUACGAGCUUAAGCGCAACGAAGACAUCAUCUCUUUCUUCAACGACUUCAGUGACCACCUUGCCGAAGAGGCUCUGUGGGAACUGUCACUGAAGAUCAAGCCCAGAAACAUCACCAGGCGCAAGACGGACCGCGAGGAGAAGACCUAGGGCCUGUGGGCCUCUUGACACUGACCUCCAACUGUGCUUCAUGACACUAACUCCACUUUACUACAGACUGAAACACGAAUGGAAGCUAUCCACUGAAGCUAAUGGGAGACUCGUCAUGGGGAAUCCAGAACAAACUACACACAAUUAAAACGUCACUGAGGUUUACAAAGAGCUCCGCCGCUCCGGGAGAUUAGAAUUGGGAUUACUGCAGCUCUGAUAAGUUGACUGGGAGAGAGGAAGAAACCCCCCAGUGCCAAUGAGAAGCGAGGAAUCAGAGCGGACAGGGAGACACUAAUUACCAAAGUCUGCUCCCUGGACUCUCUGUUUUAGAGUGGAGCUGUUAUGUGUGUGUGAGAGAAUGAGCUGAACGGUCCAUUUUCUUUUUCCAAACCCCUUUUGUCCCCUUUUUUAUGUGCCAUUUUGCUGGUCAUCCUCUGCAACCCUCUCCUGGACUAACAAAUUCCCCUCAAACAGCAGAACCUCAGGAGCAACCUGCUGCGAACUGUGCCGUCCACACGCAGGCUGCAGGCUGAGGAUCUGCUGCGAGCGCCGGGGGUUUGAGCUUGAAGAGACGGCGGCUGUUAGAGACUGGAAAUUUGAGUUUGUUUUGACAUGUUUUUUCGUGUAAGAAUCAUGUAUGGUUAUGACAUGUAUUAUAUACAGUGCUCCUUUUGUUCUUAAAAAGGACGUUUAUGCUUAUGAGAAGAGCUUAGCUUCUCCCAAGUGCCAUAUGUAUGUGCACUAAAAACAGCAAAACGUAAAAAGAUGAAUUACUAAAGAUGCUGUGAUCUAUGUAUGUCAUACUCAAUCAUCGUAUCCGAGUUUAGAGAAACAUCAGGCAAUCACUAUCAUGUCCCGCUCAUAGCAGUGUGUGAAGGAGUGUUUGUGUGUGACUGAAGUCCUCAGAGACUUGUGUGUUUGUCAUUCCAACAUGUGCUGUAGGUAUUCAUCCAAUCCCUUUUUUGGGGGUAAUAAUGGUCAAAACCAACACAUCACACUGUGCUCUCAAACUACAAUAAAACAAAUGGCUUGUUUUUUA